AACUUGCAGAUUUUUUAUCCGGCGCCAGUCCAGGAUUGUAGACGUGCACCCUCGGUGUGUGAAAUUUGGGAAACCUUUUUCAGCACACCAUGUCGCUUAUCUCUUCUCUUAAAAUUUUUUCUCCUUCGUCGUUGAAUACCACGCAAAAUGCUUUAUCAGUCGUCUCAUCGAGAGCUAACUCAUGGUGGUCUCACGUCGAAAUGGGCCCCCCUGACCCAAUCUUGGGAGUAACUGAGGCAUUUAAGAGGGACACAAAUCCCAAGAAAAUGAACUUGGGUGUAGGAGCUUACCGUGAUGAUAAUGGCAAGCCAUUUAUCUUGCCCGCUGUGAAGAUGGCUGAAGCUGAAAUUGCCAAGAAAAAUAUGGAUAAAGAGUACUCACCUAUUUCUGGUAGUCCAGAAUUCUGCAAGGCAACCAUCAACCUUGCUCUUGGAGAGGACAAUGAGUGGACUAAAAAUGGCUUAAAUGCUACAGUGCAAGGAAUUUCUGGAACUGGCUCACUACGUAUUGGCACAGCUUUCUUGUCUGCUUUCUUUCCCGGUGGCAAAGACCUUUAUAUGCCAACACCUACUUGGGGAAACCACGUUCCUCUGGCUAAGCAUGCCGGUCUAGGAGUCAAACAGUACCGAUACUAUGAUCCUAAAACCUGUGGUUUUGAUUUCCAUGGAGCUCUACAAGAUAUUCGGAAAAUUCCCGAACGCUCCAUGAUUCUUUUGCAUGCCUGUGCACAUAAUCCUACAGGAGUUGACCCAAAACCAGAGCAGUGGGCUGAAAUGUCCAAAGUCAUUAAGGAGAAGAAACUAUUUCCUUUCUUCGACAUGGCUUACCAGGGAUUCGCAUCUGGUGAUAUUGACAAAGAUGCUGCCCCUGUAAGAAUGUUCUUGAAGGAUGGUCACCAAAUCGCCCUCUCCCAGUCGUACGCCAAGAACAUGGGCUUGUAUGGUGAACGUGCUGGAGCAUUCUCCCUUAUCUGCAGUAGCAAGGAAGAAGCAGCUGCCACCAUGUCCCAGUUAAAGAUCAUCAUUCGUCCCAUGUAUUCUAAUCCACCCGUCACUGGUGCCCGAAUCGCCACAGAAAUCCUCACCAACCCAUCCCUACGCUCCCAAUGGUUGAAAGAUGUGAAGGGUAUGGCUGAUCGCAUCAUUUCAAUGCGCCAACUUCUACGUUCCAAUUUGGCCAAGGAAGGUUCUUCACGAGACUGGGCGCAUAUUACCGAUCAAAUCGGUAUGUUCUGCUUCACAGGAAUGACUCCGCCCCAGGUGGAGAAACUGACCAAGGACUUCAGUGUAUACCUUACCAAGGAUGGGCGCAUUUCUGUUGCUGGAAUCACUUCCAAGAACGUGGAGUAUCUGGCUCAUGCCAUCCACCAAGUGACAAAGUAAACCCAUGAACUCGAAAAUCCAUCCCGUCCCCAAUCGCUGAUAUUUCUAGAAGAGGUUAAAUGCACCUUUAUCGGCUAGCUAUAGUCAACUGACGGAUCACCACGCGAAAUGAAACCUUCAAGCCCUCUUUCCCUAUCCUUUGUUUAUUUCCCGUCUGAUUCCUCCAGUUAUUUUCUCCCUUAUGGUUAUGGUAGUCUUCAAGCUUUAGCAGUCGGAGAAGAUGAUCGCCACUGGAUUGGAACGACGUACAAUAGCUUUACAUUUGUACAAAACCUGGCCGUGAAAAAUAGAUGGUAGUGUUAAGGCGACAUGGAUAGAUAACUUAACUGUGUAAACGAGUAUUGUUGCAAUGAGGAUUAGCUUCCAUUUGUAAGCCUACGCCGUUGUGGACUGCAGUCGCCGACUACGUGAUUUGUGACGGCGAUUAGCAUCUUCUAACUCUGUCCGUCUUGAGCCUGUUCCGAAAAUGGGUGAAUUUGAGGUCACAUGAAAAAUCUUUACCAUGCCACCGAAUUGAGGAAUGCUGCGUCUCUCCACCUGUCAAAAAACAUCAACAUGUUAUCAUCUGUCGAUUGUGUGGUAGCAUUGAGAGACACACAAUAAUAGCACACACACACACCACAACCGGUCCAACGAGUUUGCUUCUCAUCGGCCGAAAAGAAUUUUCGUGGAAGUGCUGGGACCGAAAUGACAUCAGAAUUAGACCAAGACCAGAGAAGAUUCUUAUUCUUAAAAUAUCUAAAUAAACCAAAGGCCAAUGGAAUUCCAAAUUCCUUUCCGUUCUGCGUGAAACGAACGUAUCUCUCACAUUCGUUUUUGUCCUGAAAUUUAAAACAUUCAUGGACAAUAACGAACUUGUUCCGUCAAGAAGGAAAAUAUAUUUGAAGAAGAUUCCAUUUCCCCAUAUACGUGUAUUCUGUACACGACAUGCAUUCAUUGGAAAAAAAGGGAAGAAAGAAAUAGAAGAAAAGGUGAAACUCCGAAGUAAAGAAAUCUGUACCAUUGGUAAUUCGUUCAUAAUCAUCUCGCCAUUUCGAAUGACGAAAGGAGUUCGUGUUUGGACGACUUCGAUCGUUGCGGAAGUUUCUUCCGCUUCGCCAUCAACCAGCUGAUUUCUCCUUCUCUGUCGCUGAAGAUUUUCUCGCAGCAAUUCGGCCAAUUCGGCUGUCCGAUCGGAUGAUGGAACACUGACAGCCGUCGAAAUGGGCCGUUGGGCGGAUGGAAUUAAAUGAGACUGACGUCGUGGAUUAUGGCGACUUAUCCCUGGUGACGGAUGAGCCGACGCCGUUCUAGAUCGGGAAAAUAAGGCUCUAGCUUCCGGCUCGGAUGUGCUCCGUAAAACUCGAAGAUGGAUAUGAGAAUCAGCGAACCGUGACCACGACUGGCCAGCAGUCAGGUUAUUAUUUUCAUCCCUCAAUUCGUAUUCUUCCUUUUUGUCUUCGAAAUCACGACCCUCCGACCCGUCCCCAUCGGCUGGAUUCUCUUCCGGCUUGGCCAAAUAAGAUAAAAUGACGGAGAGGAAAGCUUGUCGCUGAACCUGCAGCGAUUCGGCGGCGACCAGCGCCAACGGUGAUGAUGCCUCUGUUGUUGUGCUGAAAUUGCCGCGUUGUUUCGCCGUUAUCGUACUGUUAUUGUUUCUUCUUCCGGAUUCCGAGGAGCCUCCAUCCGCCAUCAGCACUGCACGAGUAACCCAAAAUCAUAGUUUUUUGUUUCUCCCCUCUUUUCAAUCGAUUGGCUAAAGAAAGAAGCAAAUGAAAAAAAAAAAUCAGAACUCACCUAAAAUCACGGCUAUUAACCGUUUCUUUAUCCACGGACAUUUGAACUUCAUGACGAUUGAAUGCUGGCGCCGUUGUAAACAGUUCACUGAGCUGCUGGAGCGGCAGAAAUCGACCACCAGUCACAACGGCGAUCUGAUGGCGUCUCUUUUCGAAAUAAGAAAUCCAAAAGAGAGAGAGAGAAACAAUAACGAACGAAACGUCCAAUAGAAGGAAAAGCAGCGCUUCUCUACCGGUCCGUGAACUAAAAAAAAACUGGAUAAAAGGGGAUAAAAAAAAACCCCGGAGACAGCCAGGGAGAAAGUGAAACCGACUAUACUUGGUCAACGCGGAUUGAUCACACACACACACACACCUACGACGACGUCACUUACUAGCAACAGCAAUGAAUUCAGCAACUGAACAACCACAAAAAAGAGAAGUUUAUUUUCUUUUUCUGUUCCGUAUUUGUUGUUUUUGUUUUGGUUAUUAUUGGUUAUGAAGGCGUAAGUGAUAGCUAUCGGAUCGUAACGAAAAAGGGAGAUUUUUCUCUGGCCCGUUCGCGCAGGUACAUUUCGAUUGGCGUGCGGACAAAGUACAUGCAGGAAAUAUCGGUAACUAGGUGGAUGCGCUUGGAGGGAUAACUCCGAUAUCUCGGUCAAGAUGUCACUCGUUCCUUAUACAUGCGCUAUCCAGUUCAAUUCUAUUGUUUUUGAUUUAUUUAAGACUUGCCCGAAUUUGAUCGAUUGCCAACUACGUUCACAAGAAACAAAACAGAGCCUUUGAAAGAACUUUCUCGACAAUUGUAAAAACAUUUACCGCGUGCGUACCAGUUUUCUGUAAAGAAUUCGUAGGUUUUUGCUUAAAUUUUCACUUUUCAAAAUAAAAAAAAAAAAAUGGAUAACUUUUGUUGUUGUCCCGUCGCAUAUUUAUGCAGCGAUAACAACAAACUUUCUCUAACAACCAGCAACCUCGUCUCCCCUUUCUCAUCCGAUUUCUCCGAGCUGACUUUUCUUCUUUUUACUUCCCAUGCUCAUAGCAGUCGCUCUCUGUUGCGUAUUUAAUAAAUACACAAGAGAGAGAGGAGAUCGUCCGGGUGCGCAUUGGCAAAUUUCCUGUUUCUCUUUCAAAUGCAGGGAUUGAAAAGAAGGAUCUAAUGGUCGCCAAUUGAAAAAAAAAAUCAUCGAGUCAACUUAAAAUCGAAAAAACCUACUUUCCCUUUUUUGUCGGCUAAUGGAGACGAAACAUGGAAUCUAAAAUAUUUGUUUUAUUCGUAUCUUGUACAGCAAUUGCCCCAAUGGCUAAACGUGAUUAUUUUUGGUUUUUUUUUUUCAGGGCAUCAACCACAAGACGUUUUCACAGGCUGGUUGCUAAUGAUUAAAGGCUUUGCAAUUGAGAAACUCCUAAAGAAAAGCCUGGAGAUAUAGAAAAACAGUAAAUUAAAGGUGCGGCACGCCAUUCAUCCGAAUUGAGGAUAGCAAAGGAAUGUGUGUUUGAACAUCAAUAAGCACCAUCGGGAAACCCACCAGGUGCGAGAAAGAUUCACACAACCGCGAUUUGCAUUAAACCAUCUGUCGGAAUCAAUUUCAACUACACGACAGUUGAAAACAAGUGAUAAAAAUUACAUUUACGCUCGGUCGAUUUCGAAUCAUCAAACGUUUUUCAUUUGAUUCUUUUUUGUUAUUUAAAUUUUAUUUCUUUGUUAAGGGCAUUACACUGUAUGAUAGAACAACAGGAUACGGCAGCUUAACUAUACACGCAGAGCUGUGGAGCAUUAAUCUUUCUUCUUUUAUUGUUUGAAGGGCGUCAUGACUAAUGCUUUUGUUUCGGCUCUUUAUGUCGCUUUUCCACCAUGACGUGCUGCGGCCAUUUGUUCAGUUCGGUUAAACAUUCAUUUUUCUUCUUCCCUUUAUUUGUGUGCUUUGUUUGCUUUAAACGCGCCACACUCGUUUGGAUGGAUAUCCCCCACAGUGAUAGAUCUUUACGUCAAAGACGGAUCAACCUUUUGGCCCGGGAAAAGAGAACUUGGAAUAUAUUUAUUUUCCUUUAAAGUGCUGCUGGGGUCUUUGAUGAGGCUUUAGCUGCUAGCUAGGUAGCUAGUUUUUCGUUUUUAAAGGCAGCAUUAUUUUGGCAUCAGGCCCGUAACCGUAUGAGCUCUCCCUCUUCCUCUUUGCACCAACUUAUUUCAGUCCACCUCUUGAACUCGACUCUUUUUGUCACGCGUGAGCCAUUAGAGAGGAGGAAAUCUUGUGGGAGGAAGAAACAGACGGCAGUAGUUGAAACCAUGCAACAAGAUCACGUUGGUUAAAUUCUGCGGUCGUGUUGUUGUCGUUUUUGAAUUGAAAAUCUACCAACGUUCUUGGGUAAGAGGCUUUGGACCGAAACAUUGUGUGACACGAAGUUCGAUUUGUUAUCAGUAGGUGGCACGCUAGACGCACACAGUUUGACAUUUCUUGUCUGGGAAAUAGAAAAAAAUUUUCUCAUUCUCCUUCAGGCUUGCGUUGGGCUCUCUGUGUGUUGCCUGACUGCUGCUGAAUGGUGUAAAGGAAAAGGGGAGAAAAAGAGAAUAGUACUCGAAGAAGAAGAAAAAAGGUGGGCUAGAUGCCUUGUUCUUCUGGCCGGGUGUAAAUGCUGUGCUGUGCUGUCAUGUAAAAAAGAAAAGCCCUGCGGAUUGGAAACUCGACCGUUUGCAAUCAGAGUCUUCGUCUUUCGAACUGUGUGUGUUGUGAGCUCAGAGUGUCCGGCAGCUACGUAAUUAGACGCUCGAGAGUUCUUCUAGUGGCAAAGAGAUUGGUGGUGGCAAAGCAAAAAAAAAAAAAAGGUGUUCUCUCAUUCGUUCGUUCGAUCGUGCCAGACGACACAAACAGUGUGAACGGCGUGGAUAUGACAUUGAUUUUGUGGUGGAAAUAAUCAGAGAAUGACGAAGGCCACAGAUCAAGUUGACUAACGCCGAAG